AAGCUAUGUCAACGUCAGUCUUUUACCGCGGUUUGCCGUGUACUGAGCUUUUUAGUGUUCUUAUGAGUUUUUUCAUUUUUAUUCAGUGACUUCCUUUUGAACAGACUGUUGCUGUGUUUGUAUCGUUCUUCCUCAAUUUUAAAAGUCGGAAUUUCAAAUUAUCAAAAGAGUGAAAAGCAUUUCAAAUAAUGAUUUGAAUAAAGCGGAUUUGUGGAAACUACGGAUCAACCAUGUCUGCAAAAUCGGAAUUCAAGGCGAAACAAAAUAAGGAUGAAAUGCAAGGUACCACGGUAUUAUCCUUGCAUUUAAAAAAAAUGGCUCCUAUUGAUAUCGAAUUUAAUGAUUUGACAUAUGCGAUAUCUGGAAAAGCCGGAAAAGUAAUAUUAAAAGGAAUUUCUGGACAAUUCAAGUCUGGACAAUUAACCGCCAUAUUAGGUCCUUCAGGCGCUGGAAAAUCCACUUUAUUAAAUAUUCUUGCCGGAUACAAAGUGGAGGGCACGAUCACGGGACAGAUAAGCAUUAACGGACAAAUAGGAAAUGAGAAAUAUUUAAAAAAAAUGUCGAGUUAUAUUAUGCAACAAGAUCUCCUUCAACCACGCCUUACAGUACAAGAGGCAAUGGAAUUUGCUGUAGAUUUGAAGCUUGGCAAAAUCUCCAACAAAGCAAAAUUGAUCGCUAUAAAAGAAAUUCUAAAUACUUUGCGAUUGUAUCACGCGAAAGACACGAUUACCGAACAUUUGUCAGGUGGCGAAAAAAAAAGAGUUUUGAUCGCUUUGGAACUCGUGAGUAAUCCUCCGGUAAUAUUCCUCGAUGAACCAACUACAGGACUAGAUGAAACAUCGGCUGCACAAUGUAUGGAACUUUUAAAAUCUUUGACGCAAUUGGGAAGAACGAUAGUCUGCUCUAUUCAUACUCCAAAUUCAAGUAUUUUCGCAAAAUUCGAUCAUGUUUAUGUUAUAGCCGGUGGCCAUUGUAUCUAUAGAAAUACCGUGCAUAAUAUGAUACCAUUUUUUCAACGAAUUGGUAUCGAAUGUCCGAAGCACUACAAUCCUGCUGAUUUUGUGAUAGAGAUAUCUACGGGUGAAUAUGGCCCAGGCUGGGUAGAUCGAAUGGUAAAUGUUGUAGAUAUGGAAUUUCCUAUCAUUUCUGUUCCUCAGCAAACAAGCUUUAAAUUUCAAUUCGAUGCAAAGAAUGGAAUGCAAAAGAUAUGGAAUGUGUCCCGGUUCGAACAAUUUGUUAUUCUAUGCAGGAGAAUGUUGUUACAAUUUCGUAGAAAUAAGAAUUAUGUAUACUUAAAAAUAAUUUUACAUAUAUGCCUUGGCUUCGUCAUUGGUGGUUUAUUUUUGAACGUUGGCCGUGACGGAUCGAAAGCUUUAUUCAAUUUUGGUUUUUGCUUCGCCUGUUUGAUAUUUUUCCUCUACAUACCUAUGUUACCAAUAUUAUUGAACUUUCCUUUGGAAAUACAACUGAUUAAGCGUGAAUAUUUCAACAUGUGGUACGACUUGAGUCCGUAUUAUUAUGCAUUUACAAUAAUCAAUAUACCCUUACAAAUACUACUAUCGUUAAUCUAUUUAUCGAUAGUAUAUGUGAUCACAGAUCAGCCUCUGGAGUUAUUCAGAUGUGCAAGGUUCUUUAGUGUUUGCUUAAUAUGUGGGUUUAUCGCAGAAAGUAUAGGGUUAACUUUAGCCAGCACAUUGAACAUUGUGAAUGGUACAUUUGCUGGCCCUGCGCUUACUGUCCCAAUAAUGUUGUUCGCUAUACAAGGAAUGGGUGAAAAAAUAAAUUUGCCUCUCUAUCGCAAAUUAAUAAUGUAUUCAAGCUAUCUUCGAUAUGGUUUAGAAGGUCUUACAACUAGUUUAUACGGUUAUAAUAGAGAAAUGUUAUAUUGCCCAACUGAAGAAAUGUACUGCCCAUUUAGAUCACCUCGUGAGAUUUUAUUAAUGAUGCAGAUGGAACAUGUGACUUUUUGGGUUGACGUUGUCGCCUUAAUAAUUAUCCUUAUCUGUUUACGGAUUCUCUUUUAUUAUUUGCUUAGACAACGACUUACACCGAACAAAAUGUUUCAAACACUUACUCUCAUUGGAAGGAUAAUAAAAAAUCAUUUUAACAUCGAUAGAUAAAACCUAGUCUUAUUUUAUAAAGGGGAUAUAUGAUAAAUUUAUUAUAAAGUCUUAAUUUAAUAAAACCUUGAACUUGAACAUGA